AUGUCAAUUGCCAGGAGGAUGCGGUUCUAUGACAUCGCGCUGAACCUCACUGACCCCAUGUUCUUUGGGGUCUACAGAGGCAAGCAGAAGCACGAACCAGAUACGUACGAGCUCUUGCACAGGGCUUACGACGCUGGAGUGCACGCCUCUAUGGUUACGGGGUCCUCCAUCGAGGGCUCAAUCGACGCCAUCAGCCUGGUGAAACGGCUCUCACACAAGGACCACAUACAGAUGAAACUGUUCUACACCGUAGGCGUGCACCCAUGCACGGUCAAUGAGUUCAUGGCGCAUACCAUGGACGGUGCAUUCAACAUACACGAGGCCUCAAACGACUCAGACCACAACGACCGCCUGUACAGACAGGUUAUAGAGAACCCGCAACUGGCGGUGCCGAAACUCAGAGAGCUGCACCUCUUGCAAGAGAAGGCCAUGCACGACCCGCACUUUCGAGCAGUCGGCGAAAUAGGGCUCGACUACGACAGACUCAACUACAGCUCAAAGGAGAUGCAGAUGCUCUUCUUCGAGGAACAACUGAAGAUCGCAUGCAUGGCCGCCCCAUCUAAACCACUCUUCCUGCACAUGCGCAACUGCGCCGCUGACUUCAUCAGCAUCCUAAGGAAAUUCAUCAACGGGUUCACCGACACCGAGGACACUUUCAACUGGAUCCAAAUCGCCCCACAUAGAAACAUAAAGCACGGCAGCACUUACUACAAACUGGACCCGACGGUGAAAUUCGUAGUGCACUCGUUCACUGACUCCCUCGAAGACAUGAAAGAACUCCUGGCCCUCUCCCCAAAUUGCUACAUAGGCAUCAACGGCUGCUCCUUGAGAGACCAAACAAACAUUGAGUCCGUGAGACAACUGCCUCUCGAGAGACUGUUGCUGGAGACUGACGCACCAUGGUGUGAAAUCAGACCUUCUCACGCAUCAAGCGCUUACCUCCAAGGCUAUGAUGGCUCACGGUACAAGCAUGUCAAGAAGGAGAAACUAGACGAAUGCUUGAGGAAGGACGAAACUAACGUGCUCGUAAAAUCGAGAAACGAACCUUGCAACAUGGAACAAGUAGCUGUAGUGAUAGCUAAUAUAAAGGAGCUCCCUGUGGAAGAAGUAGCUGAACGAGCAUGGGAAAACUCUUGUGACAUAUAUGGAUUGUAA